CAAGAUGGUGGUGUGACCAACGAACUACGUAAUCCAAGAAACACUUUGUAACCCAAAAACUUAAUAAUUUAUUGUAAACUCAACCUGAAUCUUGAUCAUGAACUUUUUUUGAGAUUGGCGGGCUACAGAAGUAAACUGUAGCAGGCAUGUGUAAAUCUCUUGGAAUAGCCUAUUCACACUAUUUGCCGGGCAUCGUAUUUUCAUCUUUUUCAAGCUUCCUUGAUUGAUCAAAUUCAACCUAAAUUGUGUUUUCAAUCUGAUUUCUAGAGUCUUUUAUCGAUAAUUUACGAAGGGAAAUUCAUUGAGUGAUUUAAUGAUUAAGAAAUCGCAAUGAAAUUUGAUGUAAAAUUAAAUUUAACUCCUCCUUAGGGACCGUUUAUAAAUUUGUCUCAUUAGCUCAGCCUUUUCUCGGUUUUGUUUAUUUGUUUUCAUUUUUACCAGUUUUGACUUGAUCAAUUUUAUCCAUUUUUAAUUAUUUAUUGUUGUUAUUAUCUAAUCAAAUUUGUAUUAAAGUGGUGAAUAAUGAGUAUAUUGGAAGGUCCACUUUGUAAAUGGACCAAUGUUGUGAAUGGUUGGCAGUACCGUUGGUUUGUUUUGGAUCAUGAUCAAGCUUUACUAUCUUACUACACUUCAAAGGAAAAAAUGGUUCGUGGUGAUAGACGAGGAUGUGUCCGAUUGAAAGGUGCUGUUAUUGGAAUUGAUGCCGAAGAAGAUUGUACUUUCACCAUAACCGUUGAUUGUAAAAUGUUUCAUUUUCAAGCUCAAACAGCAGAGGAACGAGUAAAAUGGGUAACAGCUUUAGAGGAGACCAUUCUUAGGCAUACUCAUCGACGUAGACCUAAGCGAAGUGAACACUUUCAGGUUCCAUCAAUAAGAGAUUAUGAGAGAAAAAUUGCCGAAACAGAUACUUAUCUUAAUCUGUUAAUUAACCAAUCAAAGCAUUUGGAUAAUCAAAUCGACUCCGCUACCGAUGAGGGAGAUAAACAAAAAUUAGUUGAUAUUAAGGCCUCUCUAUUGUCUCUUUUAGAUUCAGUUAAACAUACAAUUAUUCUUCUUCAAAUUGCCAAGAAUACAUUAAAUCCUAUUAAUGGUGUGCUUAAUGAAAGAAUGAAUACAAACUCGGAAGGAACACAACAGUCAACAAAAGAUGCAAAUAAAGCUGAAACAAGGUCAUCCCUAUCAGAUUCGGAUUGUCAAAAUGAUCCAAAUGAUCCAAGUGGUAAUAGAUCUUCACUAAAACUAACCAACACCUCAACAACAACAACAGCUACAGAAGGAGAAGAAGAGGAAGAAGAGGAAGAAGAAGGGACUGUCACACAAAUUAGAGAUCAUCAUUUUAAUCGUGAUGUUGGUUCCCAUAGUAGACCAGAAAGUGCAAGUUCAACCAAUUCAGUGGAUAAUAACAAAUUAAAAAGACGUGUUCUUGGUGAUAUUGGUUUAAAUGGUGUUCCUGAGAUGUCCUAUUCAAGUAGUGAUGAGGAAGAUUGUUUUUAUGAUGCCACUGAAGAAACACCUUCUCUCACUUCACCAAUUGGUAGUAUUGAUGCUGCUUGUAAGACUAUCGAAUCUUUCAACAUUAACUCUUUGAGUGACUUUAAUAUGGAUUCUUCAACCAUAGAUUACGAUAAAUUUUAUGAAGAGGACGAUGAUGAUGACCUCAGCUCUUUUGAAAGCCAUGGAUCGGUUAUAUCUCACCUUUUAUCCCAAGUUAAAAUUGGUAUGGAUUUAACUAAAGUUGUUUUACCUACCUUUAUUUUGGAAAGGCGAUCUCUUUUGGAAAUGUAUGCCGAUUUUUUUGCCCAUCCCGAUUUAUUUACCAGUAUCCCUGAUUUUGAGACACCAGAAGAUCGAUUCAUAGCAACUGUUAGAUGGUAUCUUUCUGCAUUCCAUGCUGGACGAAAAACCAGUGUUGCCAAAAAGCCUUACAACCCUGUUUUAGGAGAAAUAUUCAAAUGCUACUGGAAAUUACCAGGAGUUUCAAAUCAGUCUGAAAGUGAAACUGGUGAAAAAUUGGUUUCAGAUGGACCAAUCCCAUGGGCAACAUCCAAUGAUCUCACUUUUCUCGCUGAACAAGUUUCACAUCAUCCACCAAUAUCUGCUUUUUAUGCUGAACAUGUUGAUAAACGGAUAAUGUGCUCGGCACAUAUUUAUACGAAAUCCAAAUUUCUUGGUCUUUCCAUAGGAGUUCUUCAUAUUGGCCAAGGCUCAAUAUAUUUAUUGGAUAAAGGAGAAGAAUAUAUAAUCACUUUUCCAAGUGCCUAUGGGCGAUCGAUUUUAACAGUACCAUGGAUUGAGCUUGGAGGCUCUGUUUCAGUCACUUGUCCUCAAUCAGGUUACCAUGCAAAUAUUGAUUUUUUAACCAAGCCUUUCUAUGGAGGUAAAAAACAUCGAGUUACCGGUGAAAUAUUGAAUCCAUCAAAGAAAGUUAUCAUGACACUGAGUGGUGAAUGGAAUGGCGUUAUGUAUUCAAAACGACCAAAUAGUCAAGCAGAAGUAUUUGUGGAUACAAAAGCUAUGAAAACGAUUAAAAAGGUUGUCAAACCCAUCUCAGAGCAAGAGGUUUAUGAGUCAAGGCGUUUAUGGAAAGAAGUUACCAGAGCUUUGAAAAUGCGUGAUGUUAAUGCUGCUACUAAUGCCAAAUUUGCCGUUGAACAAGGUCAACGGGAUUUAGUUAAAGAAAGGCAACAAACUAAAGAAAAAUGGAUUAAUCGGGUCUUCCACAAUUUAGGUGAUAAUUGGUAUUUUAACCAGCCAUUAACCAAGAGAUCUUCAAAAGGAACAAAACAGUGAUCAUUAUUUGACUAAUCAAACUUAUCAUUUUAUCCGAUCAAUUGGAAAGUUCAGCUGAUGAACAGAAUUGCUUAUUUAUUUCAUCUAUUAUCUUCUAUUGGAUCAACUUGAGCCUUCAUCGACCAUGUUUGUUAUAUCUAAUCAUGUCUAACUCUUUUUGCCUUUUUUCCCCUUUUUGUUUCGGCUCUUCAAUCCUGCAAAAACUAGUCGUUCGCGAUUUGAAAGAAACAUUUAUAUUUUUGAUCAUGAAAUCUAUUACAUAUACAUAUAAAUAUGGUAAACCCGCUAUUACUGUUUAAUCAACUUUUUAAAAGGACUUGGAGCCGUUAAAUAGCUAAUAUUUCAACAAUAAGUGAUAGCAAUUGAAGGCCAUUUGGUCAGCCUUUUUCUUGUUGUAAAUGAAGACCAAAAUAUUUGCAAAAGUUAUAUGUGGAUUUGCCAAUUAAUAAUGAUGAUUUUUUGAUAAAUCUUUUAAAAUUAUUUUUUUUCUAGACUAUUUCCAAUCAUGAAGAUAUAUGUUACAUAUUGUUUUUUAAAGAUCAGUAAUAACAACUUUUCAAAAUCGUU